GAGUUUGAUGAUAAUGAGAAAGACGAGGACAUCGAUGCUCUGAUGUCGGUACACAGCAAGGCCACCAGCCGACGCAUGAGCUGCGCUGUGUCCACGGUAACACCCUGCGGUAUCGCAAACACAGACACACACAAACACAAACGCGCACACACACACAGAUAAUGGACAUAAAGAUGAAUCUACCACGCUCUGGUACACAAGAAGACAGACUGGCACACACACACACACACACACAGCCCAUAAAGAGGAGUGAUGAGUCAUGGCUGUGUUGAAACCAGUGUGUGAACAGUGUCAAUAGGGCCAGUGGCCUCAGAGCUGAGGAACAGCAGGGCAGUGUCACACACACAGAGCUCACAGCACAGCUCACAUAUAGACAUUUACUAGGAGCCAGGCCCAUUAGCCUAAACACACCGUUUUUGUUAUAUACUGUAUUACAGUAUGUAUGUCAUUUGUAUGUGUGCUAUGCUCUGGUAGAGCCUGGCUUAGAACAACAUUUUUGUUUAUUUUCUCACAACACUAAACCAAAUAAUUAGCUGAGUUUUGUGAUUGACAGAGUCAUACUGACAGACUCUCUUCAGUUCAGAUAUUGAGACCUAGGUCUCUUUUACAAAUGAGCCCUGCAGAAUACAAACAUACACACAUCCCACUGGGCACAGACUAUUCCCACGUUUGUUCAACAUCAUUUUGUUGAAAUGACUUGGAAACAUUGUUGAUUCAACCAGUGUGUGCCCAGUGGGAUCAUAUACGAAUUGCAAUCAAUAAAUAGGAAAUACCCCCAAAAUAUACAAGAGAAGAAAAACACAAUCAUAAAAAAUAAUAAAAUCGGAGACAUCGCUAGGUUAACAAGCGACACACACGAUGACAUUUAUGAUUUCACCACAGACAUGACUAACGGCAUUAAUUCUGGCCAUGGGCUCUGCUCUCAAUAACAGCAGAGGUGGAGGGCCAUGAUUACAGAGAUUAUGGAGAUGAAUGAUGACUGGCUUCUGUGAAUCUCUCUGCUUGAAAAUAUUGUAUGAAUAGAACAGAAUGAAUAUUGGAUGAGGGAAACACACACACACACACACACACACACACACACACACACACACACACACACACACAAUAUAUAUCUAUAGCAGCAGUUCUUCUUAUAAUAUUCAUGUACACUAUGAGUAAUAUUCAUCAUAACUGAAUCCCGGUGUUCCGGUUCCUGUGGCAUGCAUUGAAACGUGUGGCUUUCUAGUGACUUUCUUUUGCAAAAUAACUAUGUAUUAACAGACUUAUUUUCAAAUAAUUGUCAACAUAUAACAUCACAUUAAGGUGUGGUACGUUAACUGUAUUACAAGGAACAAUAGCAGGUCUACUUCGCUCCAGCAUCUGGCAUAUUCUGUCUGUUCACCUUCUGGCAUAUUCUGUCUGUUCACCUGUGGGAACAUGGCGGCUCUCAACACCCGACAACAGAAAGAGUUGGCCAAUAAUAUUGGCUACUACUAUUGUUCGUGAGGAACAAUGGCUGUGGCUCCUGCUUUUUGUUUCACAUCCAUGGGCUUAUCAACACUAAAUCUAACAAUGACAUCAUUAAUAAUACAUUCUUCUUUUUUUUUUACAAUGGCAACCCUAGCUAUUCUCUCUCUGAAUGUGAAAGGUCUAAACUGUCCUAUUAAACAUUCCAGCUGUCUUGAUAUCCUAGCAAGAAACCAUGUUAAUAUAGCAAUGCUCAAAGAAACACACCUGCUCCAAAAUAACAAUUUGUACAAACUGGCUGCUUUUUCAUCAGCCCCAAAUAAAACUAAAGAUGUAAUCUUAAUGAUACAUAAGAAACUUAAAAUUACCAUUGUGGGUAAAGGCGAAGACCAAGAAGGCAGAAUUACUUUCCUUAAAUGAAUCCAUAAUGGAAAGAAAAUUGCUUUUAUUAAUGUGUACGCGCCAAAUUAAUAUGAUCCUACAUUUUUUGAUUCUCUGAACAGCAUAUUGUUAGAAUUAACUGAAUUCCAUCUGGUUAUUGGGACAGAUAUGAAGGCCAUUUUUGACAUGCGGGACAAAUCUAAUAAGACCAUCUACAAUCCACAUGCAACCAAGGCUCACCAGCAUAUACUCUCUGAAUACAACUUCAUUGAUGCCUGGCAAACACAUAAUCCUAAAGCAAAAGAGUACACUUUCUAUUCAAACAGACAUCAAUUAUUUUCAAGAAUCGAUGUCAUACUAUUAUCUGCACCUCUAUUUUCUUUAAUUAAGAAAAUAGAAAUUCAACAUAUGAGCUUGUCUGACCACGACACUUACUACUGCCAACUUCCAAUUUCAGAAUCUCCUAAAAGAGCCACAAGAUGGCGUUUCAAUGUUUCAUUACUACAAAAUCCUACUUUCUGUGAUCAAUUUAAAACGGAACUAAAUUAAUUAAUAAUGAAUUAGCAGCCAACAAGUGCUCAACAUAUGUGGGAACUCCUUCAAGACUGUUGGAAAAGCAUUCCAGGUAAAGCUGGUUGAGAGAAUGCCAAGAGUGUGCCAAGCUGUCAUCAAGGCAAAGGGUGGCUAUUUGAAGAUUCUCAAAUAUAAAAUAUAUUUUGAUUUGUUUAACACUUUUUUGUUUACUACAUGAUUCCAUAUGUGUUAUUUCAUAGUUUUGAUGUCUUCACUAUUAUUCUACAAUGUAGAAAUAAACAAAAACCCUUGAAUGAGUAGGUGUGUCCAAAAAUUUGACUGGUAGGGUAUAUAUAUAUAUUUUUUUGUAGGACAUAAAAGACUGUAAAAACACUAGGAAAUCAGCUCCAAGUGAUUUUAAUUUAAGAAAUCAGUUCCCAAGUAUUCCCACGCAUAAUAGAGAGACGUGCAAGCAAGGUUUGAAAUGAUUAUGUUUUAUGCAAACAAUCAACACUAUAUAUCCAAAAGUAUGUGGACACCCUUUCAAAUAACUGGUUUGGCGGAUGCCGAGAAAAUGCCAUCUGCCCCAAUGCAUAGUGUCAACUGUAAAGUUUGGUGGAGGAGGAAUAGUGGUACGGGGCUGUUUUUCAUGGUUCGGGCUAGGCCCCUUAGUUCCAGUGAAGGGAAAUCUUAACGCUACAGCAUACAAUGACAUUCUAGAUGAUUCUGUGCUUCCAACUUUGUGGCAACAGUUUGGGGAAGGCCCUUUCCUGUUUCAGCAUGACAAUGCCCCUGUUCACAAAGCGAGGUCCAUACAGAAAUGGUUUGUCGAGAUCGGUGUGGAAGAACUUGACUGACCUCACAGAGCCCGGACCUCAACUCCAUCGAACAUCUUUGUGAUGAAUUGGAACGCCGACUGCGAGCCAGACCUAAUCGCCCAACAUCAGUGCCCGACCUGACUAAUGCUCUUGUGGCUGAAUGGAAGCAAGUCCCCGCAGCAAUGUUCCAACAUCUAGUGGAAAGCCUUCCCAGAAGAGUGGAGGCUGUUAUAGCAGCAAAGGGGGGACCAACUCCAUAUUAAUGCCCAUGAUUAUGGAAUUAGAUGUUCGAUGAGAGGUGUCCACAUACCUUUGGUCAUGUAGUGUAUCUGUUUGGGCUUCUGCUCAAGAACAAAUCGGCCCUCGGCUGAAUCUAGUUGAUGAUCCCUGCUUUAAUGUUUACUACAUGAUUCCAUAUGUGUUAUUUCAUAGUUUUGAUGUCUUCACUACAUUCUACAAUGUAGAAAAUAGUAAAGAUAAACAAAAACCCUUGAAUGAGUAGGUGUGUCCAAACUUUUGACUGGUAGGGUAUAUAUAUAUAUAUUUUUUAUAGGACAUAAAAUACUGUAAAAACACUAGGAAAUCAGCUCCAAGUUAUUUUAAUUUAAGAAAUUAAGCAGGUGUCCACAUACUUUUGGUCAUGUAGUGUAUCUGUUUGGGCUUCUGCUCAAGAACAAAUCGUCCCUCGGCUGAAUCUAGUUGAUGAUCCCUGCUUUAAUGGUUCAAACAGCAGACCAAUCAGCGUGUUACAGUGCUUAGCAAACUUUUGGGAAAAAUCGUGUUCAACCAAAUACAAUGUUAAAUUAACAACAGACUUUCAGCAUGCUUUUAGGCACUCAACAUGAUCAGCACUGACACAAUUGACUGAUGAUUGGCUGAAAGAAAUUGAUAAGAAGUUUGUGGGAGCUGUUUUGUUAGACUUCAGUGCAGCCUUUGAUAUCACUGAUCAUAACAUAUUGCUGAAAAAACUAAGAUGUUAUGGAUUAACAUCCUCUGCCUUAUCUUGGCUGGACAGUUACCUAUCCAAUAGAACACAGAGGGUUUUCUUUAAUGGAAGCCUCUAAUGCAAAUUUGGUUGAGUGUGGUGUACCACAGGGCAGCCGGCUUAGACCAUUAUUGUUUUCUGUGUUUACUAAUGACCUUCCACUGACCUUGAAUAAAGCCUAUGUGUCCAUGUACCCUGAAGACUCAACAGUAUACACGUCGGCUGUAACAGUAAAAUAAAUAACUGACACCCUUAACAUAGAGCUCCAGUCAGUUUUAGAAUGGGUAACUAGCAAUAGACUGGUGCUAAAAUCUAAAAAACUAAAAGCAUAAUUUUUGGGACAAAUCACUCCCUCAACCCUAAUUCUCAUCCAUCUAUUAUUGAAUAAUGUGUCUAUUUAGCAAGUUGAAGAGACUAAAAUGCUGGGUGUCACCCUAGAUAGAAAGCUAUCAUGGUCAAAACAUAUAGACUCAAUGGUUACUAAAAUGGGAAGAGGUCUGGCCAUGAUAAGGCGUUGCUCUGCUUUCUUGAUAUCUCAGUCAACCAGACAGAUCCUACAGGCCCUAGUUUUAUCGCACCUGGACUACUGUCCAGUUGUGUGGUCAUGUGCAGCAAAGAAGGACAUAGGCAAAUUGCAGUUGGUCCAAAACAGAGCAGCACGUAUUGCACUUAGAUGUACAUGGAGGGCAAAUGUCAAUUACAUGCAUGUCAAUCUCUCCUGGCUCAAAGUUGAGGACUCUUCACAGUCCCCAGUCCCCAGGUCCAGAACAGAAGCUGGGAAACACAUAGUAUUAAAUGGAGCCAUGACUAAAUGGAACUCUCUGCCACCCCAGGUAACUCAAGCUAGAAAUAAAAACAGAUUUAAAAAACAGAUAAAAGAACACCUUACGGCACGACGGGGACUGUGAAGAGACACACAGACAUUUUUAUGUAUUUUGCAUUGUAUUAUGUAUUUUAUUAUGUAUGUAAUGCGUGGUUGGGAUACAUACGACUGUGAUAUGUGGUUGUCUUGCCUGGCUAUCUUAAGAUGAAUGCACUAGCUGUGGGUUGUCUGCUGAAUGGCUCAAUUGUAAUGUAAAUGUAGUGCUAUGUAUGUGUAUUUAUGCAUAUUAUAUAUUUUAUUUGUUAUGUUGUUUCCUGUUUGGACCCCAGGAAGAGUAGCAGCUGCCUCGGCAGCAGUUAAUUGAGGAUCCUAAUAAAUACUAAUACUCAAAUACUAAAUUGUUAAGGACUGGGGAGUUUCUCAGGAUAAAAAAAGAAACAGAAUGCAGCUAAGCACAGGCAAAAUCCUAGAGGAAAACCUAGUUCAGUCUGCUUUCCACCAGACACUGGGAGAUUAUUUUACCUUUCAGCAGGACAAUAACCUAAAACACAAGGCCAAAUCUACACUGGAGUUGCUUACCAAGAAGACAGUGCAUGUUCCUGAGUGGCUGAGUUACAGUUUUGACUUAAAUCUACUUGAAAAUCUAUGGCAAGACCUGAAAAUGGUUGUCUAGCAAUGAUCAACACCCAAUUUGACAGAGCUUGAAGGAUUUUAAAAAGAAAAUGGGCAAAUGUUGAACAAUCCAGGUGUGGAAAGCUCUUAAAGACUUAGCCAGAAUGACUCAUAGCUGUAAUCGAUGCCAAAGGUGCUUCUACAAAGUAUUGAAUCAGGGGCGUAAAUACUUAUGUAAAUUAGAUAUUUCAUUUUCAAUACAUUUGCGAGACUGUUUUCACUUUGUCAUUAUGGGGUAUUGUGUGUGUAGAUGGGUGAGAGGAAUCUAUUUAAUCCAUUUUGAAUUCAGGCUGUAACACAACAAAAUGUGGAAUACUGUAAGUCAAGGGGUAUGAAUACUUUCUGAAGGCACUGUAAAUCCAUUCCAAGCCAGACUAAGUCCUUUCUAAAAUAAUUAAGAACUCCUCUUCUCUAAACAGAAAACAUGCACGACUCAGCCCGUACUCUACACAGACCGGUGUGGCAUAACCAAUCAGAGCUGCAGUAGGCCUAUAUGCAAAUAGACUAUUGCCAUAUAUGGAUCUGUGGCAUUCACUUUGAACUGGACUGUGUUUACAACAUGAGCGGUCAUGAGUAGAUGCACUUCUUUUGAGAUCAAAGCGAGAGCUGCAUGUAGCCACUUGUGCACAUUUGUUCAUAUCCUUUUCUAGUUAGUGAGUUAGUAGCCCAGUUAUAGUUAAUUUGUAGUCAGCAACAGGGGAGUGAUUGCUUCCUACAAGAGCACAAAACAUGUACAUUUCUAGACAUCUUUGAAAAGCGAGUCGGGUAAAGAGCUUUUUUUGUCUUAAAGGGGCAGUGUUGCAUUUUGAGACAGGCAUGAAUAAACUAAGUAGCCAAUAGGCAGAGGGUAGCAUAAUUUGUCUGAUUCUCUGUAACAAUGGUAUGGGAAUAAUAAUGCAUUUUAUUUAGUAAAGUGGUUUCUUGCAUCAAACAACACAACAACAUUUUCAGUCACCUCAUUGUCCGAAGGACAAUAGAUAAACAGGUUAAUGUCAAGCCCUGCAUGUUUUUUUCAAAAGUCUCAUGGAAUGUAGGCCUACAUUGAACACCACAUAUUGGCUGCUACUGUAGGCUGAAUGAUAGAACAGCUAUUUCCAUGUUAAAAUUUUAUGGGAUGCAUUUUCUCCAUUGUUUUUGAUGGUAGGCCACUCUGGUAGGCCUACAUUAUGCUCAAAUAGCCACAGUAACCUACUUGACCACUGUCUGAAACUGUAACUUAAAGUGGGUACAGCCUCAGUGUUUGCAGUAAACGCGCUGGAAGUUGCACAGAAUUAUCACAACGUUCAAGUUUGCGCUCAGCAGACCUGACAUUUGCUCAGUGCCCAAAAUAAUUUGAGGGAACAUUGCUGAUCACUUCAUCUCAUUAUACACAGACAAUAUUUUACUAUAUCUAGACAAUGUAUCUCAGUCGCUCCCAAAGGCAUUGAAGAUCAUAUAUAAAUUCAGCUUCAUCUCACGCUAUAAAAUCUAUCUAACCAAAUCAGCCCUACUGCCUCUCAAGACCCCGAUGGAGGACUCCAUCUCUACUUAUGGAGUCCCAAUUAUUUCCCAUUUUAAAUAUUUGGGAGGAGAUAUACAGUACCAGUCAAACGUUUGGACACACCUAUUCAUUCAAGGGUUUUUCUUUAUUUUUACUAUUUUAUACAUUGUAUAUACAUUUAUACCUUGUCACAACACAACUGAUUGGCUCAAACGCAUUAGGAAGGAAAGAAAUUCCACAAAUUAACUUUUAACAAGGCACUCCUGUUAUUGAAAUGCAUUCCAGGUGACUACUUCAUGAAGCUGGUUGAGAGAAUGCCAAGAGUGUGCAAAGCUGUCAUCAAGGCAAAGGGUGGCUACUUUGAAGAAUCUCAAAUAUAAAAUAUAUUUUGAUAUCUUUAACACUUUUUUGGUUACUACAUGUGUUAUUUCAUAGUUUUGAUGUCUUCACUAUUAUUCUACAAUGUGGAAAAUAGUAAAAAAUUAAGAAAACCCUUGAAUGAGUAGGUGUGUCCAACCUUUUGACUGGUACUGUUUCUUUCCUUAGAUAAAACCAUUGCCAGAAACUUUAACAGAACGCUCAAAUCAAUUCAAUCCAACCUCAGUAGAUGGGAUUGGGGGGCUAGGCGGGGUGAAAGGCAUGGUUUCUGGGUGGGUGGAGAGGGAGGAUGCUGGUGGGUUGAUGGGGACUGAGCUGGGGUUAUCUUUGUAUGCAUUUCUUUGAUCGUUUUUUUGUACCUGUAACCCCCCUUUCAAAAUAAAAGAAGACAAAACUAAAUAAAAAGUUGGUCACAAAAAAAAGAAUGAAGCACAGAAGGCUGAUUCUCUUGUAUCCACUAAAACACCAUUGCUCCCGGACAUGUUGCUUUUUUGGAAGCGCAUGUGUGUAGUUGUCAUUGAUAUUUACUGGUGCUUUCAGCCUGUCUGCUGUAUCCUUUUCUGUUUAUUCAUUGAGGAGUUAUAAUCAGGUCCAACUUCAUCUUAUAAUCACCAUGGCAACCCUGCUAGAUUCUGUUUUGUGUCAGUGUCUGGUGCCUGGGGUUUCUGCUCUGGUACGUGGGGUCUGUCCUCUUGUCUCUGUCCUCUAUCCUCUUUACACUUUCACAUGUAUCACCCCUCUCUCCCUCCUCCUUCUCUCUCUCCUCCUUCCCUCUCUCCUCCCUCUUCCUUCCCUCUCUCCUCCUUACCACUCUCCUCUCUUUCUAUCUCUCUCCAUCACUUUCUCCUCUCUCCCUCCUCCUUCUCUCUCUCCUCCUCCCCCUGCUGGCUCGGGGUCUAUUCUUCCUCUGGCUCCUAGUCUUCUACUCCCGGCUCAGAGAGAAAAUGGGGCUUCCUCAGUGUCCCUGGUGACUCGGACGCAGAGACUGUGAGUUCUUGCCUCCUUGUGUAUUUGUGUGUGUGUGCUUGCAUGUGUGUGCCCCACUUAUUGUGAAUAUAUUUCCACCAAGCUGUGCCACUCUGCUCCAAUUGCUGCCACUGACUGCCUAAAUUGGUCAUUCAUCAUACUGGCUCACUCUAUCACAUAAAUGUGAUAGACUUGAGGGUUUUACAUUCCCCAGCCAGACCCAUCGCUCACCAAAUGACUAAAUCUGUCCAUUCUGCAUUUUUACCUGCACAAAGACUAAAGGCUAUCCCUGCCUCCAUCUGUCUUCCUCCUUUUCCCUCCAUUUCAUUCUUAAUUUCCUCCCUGCUCUGGCUUUCCUCUUCUCUCUCCCUCAUCUUUUCUGAUUCUCUAACCCUGAUCCUCUACUUCUCUGUCCUCCAUUCUGAUCUUUUCCUCUCCCCUCUUCCCCCUCCUCUAUUACACUAUUUUAAUCAUUUUGCUCUCUCCCUACCCAUCUCCUCUCUCUUCUCUCUUUAUCCUCUCUCCUCUCUUUCCCCCUCUCCUCUCUCUCCCUCUCUCCUCUCUCCCCCCUCUCCUCUCUCUCCCUCUCCCCUCUCUCUCCCUCUCUCCUCUCUCUCCCCCUCUCCCCCCUCUCCUCUCUCUCCCCCUCUCCUCUCUCUCCCUCUCUCCUCUCUCUCCGCCUCUCUUCUCCUCACAGAGCAGUCUGAACAGUAUGAUGAGUAUGUACAGUGAGACUGGUGACUAUGGCAACGCCAACGUGAGUGGAGAGCUGCUGUUGAACAUCAGCUACAGCUAUAAGACAGGCGCUCUCAACGUCCUGGUGAAGGAGUGUCGUAACCUGGCCACCGGGGACGAGAAGAGGCAACGCACAGACGCGUAAGAGCACACACACACACUGAAAAACCUAUGCUUACUGUGCCUACAGUUUUAAGAAAUUACACACACACACACUUCAUUAUCACACAUUCCAACUUGAAAAAGAACACACACCUCUUAACAGCAUAGUUCCUGACCGUCAGCUCAACUUGAACCAAUCCAUGACUGAAGUGUGAACUCAGCAUGACCCACAAUAACUGUGACAGUCAUGGUAUGUCAGAGUAACCCGAUCACGGCAUACAUGUCUUCCUAUGGAGUGUGUCUGAAUGACUGUCUUUUCCAUUGGCAGCUAUGUGAAGGCGUACCUCCUCCCAGAUAAGUCUCGCCAGAGCAAGAGGAAGACCAGCAUCAAGACCAACACAAUCAACCCUGUAUUCAACGAGAACCUUAGGGUGAGGGACUGUUUGUGUUUGUGUGUGUGUGUGUGUGUGUGUGUGUAUGAAAAUGUAUGUAGCUUGGGAAAAACAGUAAUAUGUAAUAGGUUUUUUUUGUGAUCAUGAGAAUGUGUGUCCUCCUUGGAUGGGAUCAAGUUGCCUGGAGACUGUGUGUGUCUCAAUAGGAGUGUGUCAGUCAGCAGGUGUUCAUGCUGAUGUAGAUCUUAACUUGAUCACCCUGUUGCAGGAGACCCUUCCACAUAAUAAUUCACAUUUCCUGUUGCUGCAGGAUUAUUUUCCUGCUGUAGCAAACUGAAUUAAGAUCCUACAUCUGUACAUUAUAUAAAGAAAUGAAGCCUGCUCCUCCCAUGUGUUUUCAUUAACCUGUACCACCAUACCUACAGUGUUUCAGCCUUCAUAGCCAUCAAUAGCCUUCAUCUCAAGCACCCCUGGUGUACAUUUUAUUCCUGUAUGAGCAUCGGCAGGAACUUUGGUUUGGUACUCAGUCCUACUCUCCUGUCGUCUCUCUCUCUCUCCUGUGCUGUGUUUGUGUAGUAUGUGAUCAGCCACUCCCAGUUGGAGACACGAACGCUGCAGCUGUCUGUGUGGCACCACGACCACUUCGGACACAACAGCUUCUUGGGGGAGGUGGAGCUGACCUUUGACUCCUGGGAGUUUGACAGCAACAUGGAGGAGUGGUACUCUCUGCAGCCCAAGGUAUCCUGUGUGCAGAUGGACAAUAGUGUAUAUGUGUGGAUUUAUACAGCACUGUAUGUUUAUCAGUGGUAAAUGCUUUAAGUAGAUUUGUUCAAUGUGCAGCUGGACUGUAGUAUGGACUCCACGCUCCAGUAUAAAGGGGAGCUGACCGUGGUUCUGAAGUACAUCCCUGCAGAGAAGAACCUCAUGCUACCCCUGGACCAGGUCCAAGGUGCUCCACAAAACCCCUCUGUUUUAAUUGCUCCAACCCAUCACUAACACAUAUCAUUCAACUAAUGACAUUUCAUGAAAGACUGUUUGGACUUUUGCUCAUUCACCUCUUCCUCUCCUCCUCUCAGUGAAGAAAGGCUUUCUGAAAGGAAAGAAGACCAGCAUCAAGCUGCCUAAAGGAGGCAUGGUGGAACUGCUGGUCAAGGAGGCCAAGAACCUGACCUCUGUCAAGUCUGGAGGCACCUCAGACCCCUUUGUGAAAGGGUGAGACCCAGAUAGACCCAUUCAGUUUCGUCCAGCCUUCAUUCCUAGUAAGAAUGACGGGAAGAAGGACCUACUAGCUAGCUACCUAAUUCCUAUUCCUCUGACAGUUUUGUAUGUCUUGUUUCCUGUAUCCCCAUCCAUCCAGGUACCUGCUCCCUGACAACAGUAAGUCCACCAAGCACAAGACGGCGGUGGUGCGUCGCACGGUUAACCCUCAGUGGAACCACACCUUCACCUACUGUGGCCUGCAGGCCGGAGACCUGAACAACGUGUGUCUGGAGCUCACCGUCUGGGACAAGGAGGCUCUGGCCAGCAACGUCUUCCUGGGGGGAGUCCGGCUCAACGGAGGGACAGGUCUGUCUGUCUGGGAAGAGCCAGGGGCUGUGAUGGGUUGUUUGGUGUUGGACAUCUCUGCUGUUCUGCUCUUCUUUUGUUCUCUUCUCUGGUCUUCUCUUCUGUAAGCUUCUCCUCAGUUUAACUCUAGUCUUCACUUCUCUUAUUUUCUCUCUCUUCUCAGAGGUUAUGGUGAUUUGUAGCAUAUUCAGUCAGCAUAACGCCGAAGGGAUAUGGAGUGGAUAGAACAGAUAGUGAUGAUCUAUUGUCUCCCUACAGGCCAGAGCUAUGGGAACGAGGUGGACUGGAUGGACUCGUACGGAGAGGAACAGCGGCUAUGGCAACGCAUGAUUGACAACCCGGAGGUCCCCCAUGAGUGUACACUGAUGCUGAGGUCCAGCAUGUGCAAGCGCAACACAUGAGAUGGAGGGAGGGAGGUUUAAGAAGGACAAAAGAAAGAGGGACAGAGAGAGAUGGCGGAAAAGGGAGAAACAGUGGAAGGAAAGAGGGGGAGAGAGAAGAAGAGACAAAAAGAAAGAGGACAGUGGUUGAUAGUGAUCCAUAUCCAUGCUCUAUCCCGCAAUACAGAGCUGAUGACAUCACCCCACUUCCUGACCCUUGAACCCUAACUUCUGAGCUACCCUGAUCCUGCACUGGGGUUCGUGGUCCUCUACCUGGUAAAGAGGUCAACCAGUCAUGCCUUACACACACAUGGCCAUACCCAGCCAAUACCAAGCACUGCUACUACUACUACUACCACU